AUGAUAUGUCAAGAAGGUAGUGGGAAUGUUUGUCAAAAGGAAGCCAGAUCUGUCAACACUCCCAUUGGAGCCCACUUCAAGCUCAAGUCUCUUACAGAAGAAGAAGAAGCGUCUUUUGAAGAAGAAAAGAUGAAGGGAGUUCCUUAUGCUAAUGCUGUUGGUAGCAUUAUGUAUGAUAUGGUAUCAACAAGACCUGAUUUAGCAUAUGGAAUUAUUUUGGUUAGUAGGUGUAUGAGCAAACCAAGCUUGGAACAAUGGCAAGUUGUGAAAUGGUUACUAUGGUACAUGAAGGGCACUGCAAACCUACAGAUUUUGUACACAAAGUCAGACCAGAAUGAAUGUGAAGUUAUGGGGUAUUGUGACUCAGAUUUUGCUGGAGAUUGUGAUAAAAAAAGAUCUUUAUCUGGGUAUGUUUUCACUGUUGGAGGGAAUGUUGUAAGCUGGAAUUCUAAUUUACAACAUGUUGUGGCUCUCUCUUCGACUGAAGCAUAA